AUGUACUACAAGAUGGAACCAAUUGCAGUGAUGAAAUUACUUUUAGGAAAAGAUGAACUUCCAAUUGAUUGCCAUCUUACCAGAGCCACCAUCAGGGACAUUGAUCUUUAUAAACAAGGCAGUGAAGAAUUGAGUUAUGACAGUGAUGAAUUUAGCUCCUUCUCCUCCUCCUCCUCCAUUGAUACAGAGUUUUACUUAGAGAAAGACAAAGAUGAUGCCAUCAUUCCAGAUUGUUCUGCUCCUCUUGAAAAUUCAGAUCCAAUGCAACCAUGUGAUGGUGACAAGGAAGAAUUAACAGAACAAACGGAAGAUUCUAAUCAAGAACAAGAAUUGAUGAAGCAGUUGGGGUUGCCCACAUCUUUUGGAGGCAGCUUUGUAAUAAAAAAUGAAGACUGCACUAAGAAAGAGAAGAGAAAAAGAAGACCACCAAAAAAGAGGAAAAAGAAAAAAUUCAGCAGCAGCAAAGAUGUUGAGCCUGAGAAAGUAAAUUUGUUGGGAGACGAUCAAGAAACCUCAAAAACUGAAGAACCUUUUUUGAUACCAGAAAUUCCUCCCGAGACAUUUUCACUUGUCACUCAACCGGCAUUGGAUGUAGACAGUGUGUGGCAGGAUUACUGGCUGAAAUAUGGAGAGUAUUUAGUAUGGCAAGGGUGGGUGACCAAGUACCCUGACCAACUCGACUUGCAGAAUUCUACUUAUGUUGUUCCACCAAUUGCUGAAGUUGAGAUUGAGACAGAAGAGACGGGAUUAGAUGAGGAAGAAGUGAAAGAUAACUCCUACCAUUGUUAUAAUAUCUGUCAACCUGUGGAAAAUAUUGAUGCUAAUGUUGAGCAAGAAGCUCAAGGUAUGAAUACUGAAAUGACUGAAUCGUCUCAGAUUGAAAGUAUCACUAAAGAGAUGACUUCAAUUAUUGUCCAUGAGGAUGAGAUAGAAUCUGUAAGGGGAAGUAACUCUUCAGAGAAUCAACCUCAAGAUGGCGGAGGACAUAAAAGAAAAGGGUCUUCGAAACAAACAACCCCACCUCACAAGUCCUCGUCAAAUUCAGGCCCUCAUGAAGGAAAAAUUGGUGGUCAAUCUCAUAAUAGCAUGAAUAGUAUGAGUAGUGGAGAUGAUGACCCUCCGAAUGAGAGACCCACAAAAUUAAGCCGAAGUCAUGAAGCAGAGGUUGAUGGCGAAGAAACUACUUGUGAAGAAAAGCAGUUGAAUCAAGUAAAAGAGCAAAAAGAUUGGCGUGCAGAUUGUGUCAAACGGACGGAAGACUUAACAGAAUCAAUGGAAACUCUCGGAUACACAAUAUUUAAUGAAGUAGAAGAAAAGAAAUCAGCCAAAGUUUCAAGAGUUCAGUUAUUGAUUCAUCAGGAUUCAUUACCCAAAUAUGCCAAAAUGAAUGCUGGGAAAAAACCAAUGCAUAUCAGAUUUGAUGAAGGAGUCAAAAUGGACAGAGAAAGUUGGUUUUCUGUCACUCCUGAAAGAAUUGCGGAGCACAUUGCUGAGAGAUGUCGUUGUGAUGUCAUUGUUGAUGGUUUCUGUGGUGUUGGAGGAAAUGCUAUACAGUUUGCUUUUACCUGUUCACAUGUGAUUGCUAUUGACAUUGAUCCAAUUAAAGUGGAGUAUGCUCGCCACAACGCCCAAGUGUAUGGUGUAGAAGACCAUAUAGAAUUCAUUGUUGGUGACUACAUGCAAGUUGUACCUCACCUGAAAGCCGUGGAUGUUGUAUUUCUCUGUCCUCCCUGGGGAGGACCAGAUUACCUCAAAAGCAAAGUAUUUGAUGUUGAGAAGAUGGAAAUCAAAGCUUCCAGCUUAUUUUCUGUUGCACGAAAAGUAACCAAUAAUAUUGCAUUCUUCAUACCUCGUAACACCAGUGCUGAACAGCUCAGCAGUCUGGCAGCACCUCACGGAUACGUGGAAGUUGAACAGAAUAUUCUCAACAACAAAUUGAAAACUAUAACUGCUUACUAUGGAGAACUUAUCAUGGAAGGCAAAAAAUAA